AUGGAAAGCUCAGCAUCAACUACUAAAGCUGCUGCUGAUGCAGUCAGUCAAGCGCUCGAGGAGAUUCAACUUCCACCGAUGAGAAAACCAUCGAUACCAAUCGUAUAUACAAAACGACAGACGUCUUCACAAGACGUUGCAAUGAUCAAUACUUUUUAUAAGUUCCAAUCUGCGCCUUUUCGUUCAAUUUCGUUUGGAAUGCCAUGGAACAAUCCACAUACAAAGCACAGUGUGCAGAAAAAGAAGGAAACGAUACAUGUAUCAAAGCGAUCUGACACUGAAUCAAAGAAUACAAUUGGAAUGAUAAAAGAACCGAUCAAAGCCGAUUCAGAUCGUUUCAUUAGUAUGAGUGGAAAAAAUCAAGAUCAGUGGCAACAACGUGAGCAGAAUUGUCAACAAAACACUGAAUUAGAUGUUAAAGAUGAUUGCAAAGUGGGUAGUUCUCUCAAUUUCGUGACAACACUAGAUAAGAAAUCGAUAGAAUCAGUUCAACAGGUCGAAAUGACAUUAACGAAAGCUCCAUUCACUGCAUCCCCACGCUCAGCUCUCCGUCGAAAACAAGCACAACUUGAACCUCAAUCGUUGACUUUAGAUAUCUCAAGCACUUCGUCGUUAGAACAUUCGAAAACGUUAUUAUCUCAAGAGUCUAACGACAAUGUUCGUGUUCAUUUCGACAAUAUCGUUGAGAAUUGUAUUGGGUUGAAUGAAAAAGAGCUUGAACAUCCAUUGUCCUUAGCUCCAUCGACUCUAAUUGAAAAUUCUAGCCCACGUAGCAUCGACAAUCCAGAUCCCAGUAGAAUUGCCUCGCGACAAGAAGAUGAAUUUGAUUUCGCCAUCUUGCUCAAACCAUCCAAGUUUGAAGAAUCUAUAGAUUUUCAACCCCAUGAUUUAGAAUUUCCAGAUAAAUGGAAUCCAGUAACAGGAGAGUGUACAAACGAUCGUGCAACGAUUGUCCGUCGAAUUCGACAGACUGGAUUACACGUAAAGCGAUUAUUGUCAUUAGAUGGAAAACAAUCACUGCUCAAAGUUCGAGCUCCACAACGUAUUUUAGAAUUAGGUGCUGAACGUUUACGACUUCGAAAAAAACGAAAAUUUGAUCACGUUUGGAUGGUCUUUACAUGUCAAUUACGAACAAGUUUUGCUGACUUUGAUUCAACUCGACAAUGUCUAAACUUUCUUGAUCGAGAGAAACAAAGUAUUGUACAUGCUUUAUUAACUGCGUCUGAAAGUGAAGGAGGUGCUGGAUUAAAUGAAACUUGCUCACUAGCUGCACGGUAUGUACUACAAAUGUAUCCGCUACACAAGCAAGAUUUAGCAAGGCUACAGACUCAAUGGGUCACGUUCUGGCGCACAACUUUAUUCUCAACAAACGCUACUCCUACUAUUGGUUGCAAUAUAUUGGAUCAACCACUUGACAAUGUAGCCCAAUAUUUUGGAGAACGUGUAACCUUUUACUUUGCAUGGAUGGAAUUGUACACUCGGUGGCUUGUAGUACCCAGUAUUGCUGGGGUACUAUUAUUCUCUUUGCAAGUUUCUUCGCACCAUUUAGAUCAUCCUGCUGCUCCAGGCUAUGCCCUGUUUAUGGCCCUUUGGACUUCUGCUUUUCUUAUUGCAUGGCGUCGUCGUGCCGCAACUUUAGCGUACCAUUGGGGGACAUGGGGGUACGAAGACGAAGAAGUGACACGUCCUGCAUUUUACGGCGACUCAAGCGGCUCAUUACACGAUCUAAAGGAUAGAAAUGAUUGUACACCACGUGAACGACACUAUGCAUUAUGGAAGAGAGCAGCGAAAUACAGUCUCACGUUUCCUUGUGUUGCCACAAGUAUUGUUGCUGUGGUUACAGUCGCUUAUGUUGCGUUUUCUACUCGCGAUCGUCUGGAAGCUGAUUCGCUAAAAACGAAGCAUGAAGCCGCAUUGAUUGGUGAUAAAAUUCAAAAAACCGGUACAAUAACUCUCGAUGAUCUUCGUGCACUAGCACAUCUUGGGGUACGCUGGGAUUUCUGGAUCUAUCUCUUGCUCACUCCUCUUCUCUAUGGUCUUUUCAUUCCUCUUCUUGAUGCUGCAUUUACUCGUGCUGCACGAUGUUUAAAUAAUUGGGAAAAUCAUCGCACUGAGUCAAGAUAUCAAAGCCAUUUGAUCCUCAAAGUCUUUUCCUUUCGUUUUGUGCAUGUGUUUGCGUCGUUAUAUUAUUAUGCAUUUGCACCUCAUACUCAAUCAGUCUCAAGUCUUAAGAACGAAGACGGAACAAAGUCCGACGGGAUGGUACGCGUUGCUCUUCAACUUGCAUCGUUUAUGGUGACGGGACAAUUAUGGAAAAAUGUCAUGGAAACACUCUUUCCAUUCAUUCAGCGUCGUCUUCAAGCACGUUCAAAAAAGCGAGCAAGUAAUGAAAAGUUUAAACAAUCCACAAUCUUUAAUAGUCUCACUACAGGUCCAUGUCGACCACGUAGUACAGCUAGAAAACGGAUGCCAGAGAUUGGAAAACGAACAAAUGCUGUAAUUCAUGCACAAUGCGUACGACUUGAACAAGCAUCGGAUCGAGCAUGGGAAGAAGCAAAUUUAAAACAUUAUGAUACGUUUGAAGAUUAUACCGAAAUGCUUGUUCAAUUUGGAUAUGUUUCGUUCUUUUCUUUGGCUUUUCCAUUAGCUCCUUUGCUUGCUCUUUUGAAUAAUUUGAUUGAAUUGCGUACGGAUGCCUUUAAACUUUGUCAUACACGACAACGUCCACUUGCUCAUAAAGCAAGUGGCAUUGGUGUAUGGCUUCAUGUCUUACAAAUUAUGAGCGUCUUGGCUGUAGUGACUAAUUGUUUUCAAUUAGCGUAUUCUACGUCAUUAUUCGAACGUGCGUUCCCUUUCAUUACAAGUACAGAGAAAGUUUGGAUUGUGUUUGGAAUUGAACACUUUUUAUUAGUCAUUCAACUUUGGAUGACAUGCGCUGUACCCUCUGUACCCCGUGAUAUCUUGGAAAAAUUACGAAAAGAACGAGAACUUGCAAAAUAUGAUAGUGCACAGGUUAUGGCUCGAUUGUUAGAGAGUGAAGGUUGA